AUGCGUAAUCGAAGGAUGCCUGGAGACGAAAUGCCAGGCGAGCUGGGGGGCAUAAAGAUCCAUCCCGAGUUCUUCAUAGCGACCAAAAAAGGCGGCAUCUCUCCUCAGCAUGUGGACAACCUUGGUAAAAUGACCUGUGUCAUGAUGCUCGAGGGAGUCAAAUUCUGGUACAUCCCUGCAGGCGAUCGAGACGCAAUCCGACGGGACCAUCGUGCUGGUGACACUGCACCGGGUUCAGUGCAGCUGAAGAUUAAGCUGGAUGUUGGCAAGGUCUUUAAUGAAGACGCUUCCUCAGAUGACUGGACCACCCUGACUACCAUUAUUACUUUUCUCGACGACCGAGAAUGCUUCACGGAAAAGGAGUCUUAUCGCGCCUAUGAAAGCCUCAAGAACUUGAACGAAUCACCACAGCUACUAUCCCAUUUCAAGUCUCUCGAGAAUGGCUCGAAGUUGCAGCAGGCUCUCAAGAAUUUCCAGACUACGGCAAAGAAAGUGUUGAAAAAAUGGCAGGACAAGGCUUAG